CCGUAUUAAAGAUGGUCGACCUUUUUCCCCUCUUUUUCCUGCCCCCAGACUAGAGGCGGGAUGUAGUCUCUUGGACUAAGAGUGAUUGGUCACAAGGAGACUCGGAAGUGUCUCUGAUCAGGGCCCCAGAGGAGGCCUUGAGAGCCUGUUCGCGUUCGGUUCCACACUUGGAUCCAGGAAUCGGCGUGUUCCAGGCUGCUCUCUAUGGUAGCUUUGGGCGGAUAGAGGGGGCCGCGCAAGGUAUUAAGGGACAAUAAUGGCCGCUUUCAAGGUGUGGAUUUUGGCUCCUUGAGCCUGUCUGAGCGAGGGGUGGCAGCGCCGGCGCCCCAGAAUCCGGGACAAAAAGGUCCCAAGAGUCGCGCUUGGUGAGGGAUGCUGCAUCCGUCCUGCCCGCCUUGGCCUUCCUCCUUGCUCUGGUCAAAUCCUGCUGCCUGGAGCGGCCUCGCUGAGAUCCAGGGAUGCUGCCUGGAGUGGCCUUGCUCCCUCUCCCAGGCCUCCGCUUUAACCCACCCCAGACUGUCACCGAGCCCGAGUAGGACUCCUUGUGCCUUCCUCUGCUCUCUCACGAGAAAUCCCAGAUCCUGUGAUGGGGGACACCAGUGAGAAUGCCUCGAUCCAUCGAUUGGAAGGCACUGAUGUGGACUGUCAGGUUGGCGGUCUUAUUUGCAAGACCAAAAGUGCGGCCAGCGAGCAGCAUGUCUUCAAGGCCCCUGCUCCCCGCCCUUCAUUACUAGGACUGGACUUGCUAGCUUCCCUGAAACGGAGAGAGCGAGAGGAGAAGGACGAUGGGGAGGACAAGAAGAAGUCCAAAAUCUCCUCCUACAAGGACUGGGAAGAGAGCAAGGAUGACCAGAAGGAUGCUGAGGAAGAGGGCGGUGACCAGGCUGGCCGAAAUACCCGGAAAGACAGACAUUAUCGAUCUGCUCGGGUAGAGACUCCAUCCCAUCCAGGUGGUGUGAGCGAAGAGUUUUGGGAACGCAGUCGGCAGAGAGAGCGGGAGCGGCGGGAACAUGGUGUCUAUGCCUCGUCCAAAGAAGAAAAGGAUUGGAAGAAGGAGAAAUCGCGGGAUCGAGACUAUGACCGCAAGAGGGACAGAGAUGAGCGGGAUAGAAGUAGGCACAGCAGCAGAUCGGAGCGAGAUGGAGGGUCAGAGCGUAGCAGCAGAAGAAAUGAACCCGAGAGCCCACGACAUCGACCUAAAGAUGCAGCCACCCCUUCAAGAUCUACCUGGGAGGAAGAGGACAGUGGCUGUGGCUCCUCAAGGCGCUCACAGUGGGAUUCGCCCUCUCCGACGCCUUCCUAUCGGGAUUCUGAGCGGAGCCAUCGGCUGUCUACUCGAGAUCGAGACAGGUCUGUGAGGGGCAAGUACUCAGAUGACACGCCUCUGCCAACUCCCUCCUACAAAUACAACGAGUGGGCCGAUGACAGAAGACACUUGGGGUCCACCCCGCGUCUGUCCAGGGGCCGAGGAAGACGUGAGGAGGGCGAAGAAGGAAUUUCAUUUGACACGGAGGAGGAGCGGCAGCAGUGGGAGGAUGACCAGAGGCAAGCCGAUCGGGAUUGGUACAUGAUGGACGAGGGCUAUGAUGAGUUCCACAACCCGCUGGCCUACUCCUCCGAGGACUACGUGAGGAGGCGGGAGCAGCACCUGCAUAAACAGAAGCAGAAGCGCAUUUCAGCUCAGCGGAGACAGAUCAAUGAGGAUAACGAGCGCUGGGAGACAAACCGCAUGCUCACCAGUGGGGUGGUCCAUCGGCUGGAGGUGGAUGAGGACUUUGAAGAGGACAACGCGGCCAAGGUGCAUCUGAUGGUGCACAAUCUGGUGCCUCCCUUUCUGGAUGGGCGCAUUGUCUUCACCAAGCAGCCGGAGCCGGUGAUUCCAGUGAAGGACGCCACUUCUGACCUGGCCAUCAUUGCUCGGAAAGGCAGCCAAACAGUGCGGAAGCACAGGGAGCAGAAGGAGCGCAAGAAGGCUCAGCACAAACACUGGGAACUGGCUGGGACCAAACUGGGAGAUAUAAUGGGCGUCAAGAAGGAGGAAGAGCCAGAUAAAGCUGUGACGGAGGAUGGGAAGGUGGACUACAGGACAGAGCAGAAGUUUGCAGAUCACAUGAAGAAAAAGAGCGAAGCCAGCAGUGAAUUUGCAAAGAAGAAGUCCAUCCUGGAGCAGAGGCAGUACCUGCCCAUCUUCGCAGUGCAGCAGGAGCUGCUCACUAUUAUCAGAGACAACAGCAUCGUGAUCGUGGUUGGGGAGACGGGGAGUGGUAAGACCACUCAGCUGACACAGUACCUGCAUGAAGAUGGUUACACGGACUAUGGGAUGAUUGGAUGUACCCAGCCCCGGCGUGUAGCUGCCAUGUCAGUGGCCAAGAGAGUCAGUGAAGAGAUGGGGGGAAACCUUGGCGAGGAGGUGGGCUAUGCCAUCCGCUUUGAAGACUGCACUUCAGAGAACACCUUGAUCAAAUACAUGACUGACGGGAUCCUGCUCCGAGAGUCCCUCCGGGAAGCCGACCUGGAUCACUACAGUGCCAUCAUCAUGGACGAGGCCCAUGAGCGCUCCCUCAACACUGACGUGCUCUUUGGGCUGCUCCGGGAGGUAGUGGCUCGGCGCUCAGACCUGAAGCUCAUCGUCACAUCAGCCACGAUGGAUGCGGAGAAGUUUGCUGCCUUUUUUGGGAAUGUCCCCAUCUUCCACAUCCCUGGCCGUACCUUCCCUGUUGACAUCCUCUUCAGCAAGACCCCACAGGAGGAUUACGUGGAGGCUGCAGUGAAGCAGUCCUUGCAGGUGCACCUGUCGGGGGCCCCUGGAGACAUCCUUAUCUUCAUGCCUGGCCAAGAGGACAUUGAGGUGACCUCAGACCAGAUUGUGGAGCAUCUGGAGGAACUGGAGAAUGCGCCUGCCCUGGCUGUGCUGCCCAUCUACUCUCAGCUGCCUUCUGACCUCCAGGCCAAAAUCUUCCAGAAGGCUCCAGAUGGCGUUCGGAAGUGCAUCGUUGCCACCAAUAUUGCCGAGACGUCUCUGACUGUUGAUGGCAUCAUGUUUGUUAUUGAUUCUGGUUAUUGCAAAUUAAAGGUCUUCAACCCCAGGAUUGGCAUGGAUGCUCUGCAGAUCUAUCCCAUUAGCCAGGCCAAUGCCAACCAGCGGUCAGGGCGAGCCGGCAGGACGGGCCCAGGUCAGUGUUUCAGGCUCUACACCCAGAGCGCCUACAAGAAUGAGCUCCUGACCACCACGGUGCCCGAGAUCCAGAGGACCAACCUGGCCAACGUGGUGCUGCUGCUCAAGUCCCUCGGGGUGCAGGACCUGCUGCAGUUCCACUUCAUGGACCCGCCCCCGGAGGACAACAUGCUCAACUCUAUGUAUCAGCUCUGGAUCCUCGGGGCCCUGGACAACACAGGUGGUCUGACCUCUACUGGGCGGCUGAUGGUGGAGUUCCCGCUGGACCCUGCCCUGUCCAAGAUGCUGAUCGUGUCCUGUGACAUGGGCUGCAGCUCCGAGAUCCUGCUCAUCGUCUCCAUGCUCUCGGUCCCAGCUAUCUUCUACAGGCCCAAGGGUCGAGAGGAGGAGAGUGAUCAAAUCCGGGAGAAGUUCGCUGUUCCUGAGAGCGAUCAUUUGACCUACCUGAAUGUCUACCUGCAGUGGAAGAACAAUAAUUACUCCACCAUCUGGUGUAACGAUCAUUUCAUCCAUGCUAAGGCCAUGCGGAAGGUCCGGGAGGUGCGAGCUCAACUCAAGGACAUCAUGGUGCAGCAGCGGAUGAGCCUGGCCUCGUGUGGCACUGACUGGGACAUUGUCAGGAAGUGCAUCUGUGCUGCCUAUUUCCACCAAGCAGCCAAGCUCAAGGGAAUAGGGGAGUACGUGAACAUCCGCACAGGGAUGCCCUGCCACUUGCACCCCACCAGCUCCCUUUUUGGAAUGGGCUACACCCCAGAUUACAUAGUGUAUCACGAGUUGGUCAUGACCACCAAGGAGUACAUGCAGUGUGUGACCGCUGUGGACGGGGAGUGGCUGGCGGAGCUGGGCCCCAUGUUCUAUAGCGUGAAACAGGCGGGCAAGUCACGGCAGGAGAACCGUCGUCGGGCCAAAGAGGAAGCCUCUGCCAUGGAGGAGGAGAUGGCACUGGCUGAGGAGCAGCUGCGAGCCCGGCGGCAGGAGCAGGAGAAGCGCAGCCCCCUGGGCAGUGUCAGGUCUACAAAGAUCUACACUCCAGGCCGGAAAGAACAAGGGGAGCCCAUGACCCCUCGCCGCACGCCAGCCCGCUUUGGUCUGUGAGCUGAGGCUGUCCCUAGAGAGGAUGGCAGCAGGUAUUGGGUCCUGAGCCCUCUGGCGGGAGCCCUGAGGCUGCGGACAAAGCCCUUUCAUCUGAGGACUUUUAUCUGUGCGUAUCACGGCCCCCCAGGGCAGUUACUGCUGGACCAGACUCUGUGGCAGAGGAGGUGGAAUUCUUCCAUGCAGGAGCGUGGCAUGGCGGGAGCUGGGCUGCAGAGUAUCCGAGAUGCUGCUGGGGCAGCGGGAGGUGGCUGGACCCAUCGCAUCUAAAUAAACUGGCUCAGGACACUUGGUGUAUGCGUGACUUGGCUGUGGCUGUGUCUUUUUUAAUCCUUGUGUAAAGCAGCAAAAAAGACCUAAAGGGAAUUGUAAUUUGGUUAUAAUUCAGGAUUUGGAAAUAAAUUUAUUAUUUGUAAAA